AUCAAUUUCACACACAACAGCUUCCAUACAUUCCUAUACAGACAUAUACUUUAUUACUGUUUGAUACAUCGAUGGCGCAAGUCGACGAUGUUGGCAAUGCAUGUUGCGAUGUGGUUUACGAGGAAUGUUGUUCCCGGCUUCCUGUUAAACUUCAAAUUUUCCUUCAAUGUGUGGUAACUCCGGCACUAAUUGUUCUAGUUGUCUUGCUUGUUUUAUACGUGAACCCUAAAUAUCCUGAGUUUUCAGUUGAAGAAUUCUAUGUUCCAGCUUUUAAUAAAACUUCCAGUAAUACCACAAGCAGCACCAUAUCUUUCAACGUUAAGCUACGCAACCAAAACGCAGCGAUCGGGCUUUACUAUGAUGGUCCUGUCAAUGUUACAUUCUCAUUUAUCCCUAGAGAAACCAAGAACAAAGUAGUAUGGGAGUACUCUGUGCCCAAGUUCUACCAAGGUAACGCUCAAUCUAGAAGACUCAUAGAUGUGAUCAAGCCACUUGGGGCAUCGGACACGCCAGUUUUUAACCAAACGGCUGUGGCCGAACAUUCGAGUGUCUUACCUUUUGGCGCGAUAAACACAGGGCUUGAGCCGUUAGUAUAUUUUAGAGUUGAUUUUGUGAGCAAAGUAAGGUUUAGGUUGAUUGGGAAGCACCAUGCCAAAGUCUUUGCUCUUAGUGCUGAUGUGCCGAUAGGCACAACCACCGGUGAAAAGUUUGCGAAGAGGGGAAUUCAGGCAGGUGCGGCGUCAAGGAUUGGUUGGGGUGGAGCUCAAUCAGCGGUGAUGGUAGUACUGUUAACUGCCAUUAACUUGAUGUUCAUGUGAAUGACGUGUGCUCUUUAAUUCAUAUAAAUUUCUUGCGAACUCUAUUUUAAUCUUUUAUGUAUGGGGCUUUUGCAAA